AGUUGAUGAAUUGAUUUCCCUCCAAAAUAUUUGAGGGUGUUUGUUUUCCCUCUCGUCUUCUUCUCCAAAAUCAAUCAACACCUCCAAAACUAAAACCAAAACCCUAAUCCUCUUUUUUCUUAUCUUCUGUGUUGCGAAAUCACUGCAAUAUCAUCUGUACUAUCACCAUGUCAAGUAACGAAGACGACCUCGAUCUUCUCCUUUCUCUUCAAGACAAAGUUCCCGAAACCCCUCCUGCUUCUCCUUCACCGCUUGAUUUUGAUGGUGAUGACGAUGUUGUACCGCAGAGGGAGAGACCUGAUAUGUCCGUUUUCAAAGAUGCAGUUCAGGAUUGCCUUCUCGACCAACCCCCUAACCCUAACCCUAACCCUAAACCUAAACCAUACAAUAAAUCACUCGGCGACGAUCCCCAACUUGACAAGUUCUCGGGUCUUCGCAUAAGGAAUCAAUGUUUAACACCAGCUGAGCUUAGGGAAUCUGUUCAAGACAUUCGUUUUGUUCGCCUACCGGUCAUCAAGAAUUUGGUGAAUGGGGAUAAUUUCUCUGGAAAUUGGGUAACUGUUGGAGUGCUAACUGGGAAGGGGAUUCAGAAAACAAGUUCAAAUGGGAAGAGCUUUUGUAUAUGGAAAAUUGGUUGUUUGGAUGAAAACACUGUUCCUAUUUUCUUGUUUGGAAAUGCUUAUCAGAGGAAUUGCCAAGAGCAGGCAGGAAUGGUCUUUGCAUUCUUCAAUUGUGGUGUUCGCAAGGAUGCCAAGGGUAAUGGUUUUUCUUUGAGUAUAUACUCCCCUAACCAAAUUGUGAAGAUGGGCACCUCUGUAGAUUACGGAGUUUGCAAAGCGAAAAGAGCGGAUGGGAUGGCAUGUACAAUGGCCAUAAAUAAGCGUCAGGGGGCUUAUUGUAAAUAUCAUAAAUCAAAAACAUCAGAGAAAUAUUCCACCGGAAGAACUGAACUCAAAGGAGGAAACUUAAGGUCAGCAUUUAGGCCUAGAGAUUAUCACAAGUCAGAAGGAAUAUACUUAGUCGACCCCCUCGCCGACAAAGCAAACUUGAAGAAGUCUAAGCCAGUGAAAUUGUUAUCCGUCGAUAGUCUAAGAAAGGCAUUGAGCAAUGCAGGAAAAGUAACAACAACUUCACACUCGCAAGGGAUUAGAUUUCUUUCGGAGGUUGCAGGUAAAUUUGAUCAAAACAUGAUGAAAAAAGGACCAAAGAUUCCAAACGAACACAUCAAACACACAGAGAAGAGGAAGUCAUCUUCUGUGACUACGGGACACUCUACUGUCAUAAGAAACCAACAGUCAGAUAUAAAAAGGGUAAAAACAGAGGGGCAAAGUUCUGUUGAUAAAACCACAAAGAAUGCAAUAAAUAUGAUUGACUUAGAUCUUGUUAGUUCGGAUGAUGACUUCUGAAAUUUGUCUGUUGCUCCGCUUGAUUUUGCUAUUUAGUGGGCAAAAAUGAACAAAUGAGAAGAAAAUAAAUGCUAUUACAGAGGGGUGUUAGAAAGUAUUGAAGAUUCACUUGGAAGAUUAAUUUCUUGUGCAAAUAUGCCAAAGUCCUGCACAAAAUUUAGUUCACCCUGUUAUAUCGGUCAUAGGAAUACCAUAUUUAUUGUUACAAAUUUGGGUUAAACUAAAUGAGGUUAAGCCUAUCUGAGUUGACAAACUCCCUUCAUAAGAUAAAUUCAGUAUUCAUCUCAAUAUUUCGUUCAGACUGGUGGGUUGGUGCUCAACAACUUACUAUUUAAAAUAGUUGGAUGUUAUUUUUUGCUUCAAUUUGAUUGCAAGUUAUGUUAAAUUGCAAUUUCUAA